CUUAACGAAAGGACAACAAAGGUUUUACUCUGAAUGCUCCCGUGGGGUGUCUUUUUAUAUUAUUUAAAUAUGCAUAUAUUAUACAUAUCUGCUUUUCCUUUUUCCCCUUUAAUUUUCUUUUUUUAAACAAGGAAAUCUACUUGGUCCCCGGCAGCCGCCGCUGCCCCUUUGAUGUUUUGGUACGCCGUGCGCAUGCGCCUCACAUUAGAAUUACUGCACUGGGCAGACUAAGUUGGAUCUCCUCUCUUCAGUGAAACCCUCAAUCCUAUCAAAAACUAAAGGGAUGUGGAGAGUCCGGAAAAGGGGUUACUUUGGGAUUUGGACAUUUCCCCUAAUAAUCGCCGCGGUCUGUGCUCAAAGUGUCAAUGACCCUAGUAAUAUGUCGCUGGUUAAAGAGACGGUGGACAGACUACUCAAAGGCUAUGACAUUCGCCUGAGACCAGAUUUUGGAGGUCCCCCUGUGGCUGUGGGAAUGAACAUUGAUAUUGCCAGCAUCGAUAUGGUUUCUGAAGUCAAUAUGGAUUAUACCCUGACAAUGUACUUUCAACAAGCCUGGAGAGAUAAGAGGCUAUCCUAUAAUGUAAUACCUUUAAACUUGACUUUGGACAACAGAGUCGCAGACCAGCUCUGGGUGCCCGAUACCUACUUCCUGAAUGAUAAGAAGUCAUUUGUGCAUGGAGUGACUGUCAAAAACCGCAUGAUCCGCCUUCACCCAGACGGCACAGUGCUUUAUGGCCUCAGAAUCACAACCACGGCUGCCUGCAUGAUGGACCUACGGCGGUAUCCGCUUGAUGAACAAAACUGCACGCUAGAAAUCGAAAGCUAUGGGUAUACAACUGAUGACAUCGAGUUUUACUGGCGUGGGGAUGACAACGCCGUGACAGGAGUGACAAAGAUUGAGCUUCCCCAGUUCUCCAUUGUGGAUUACAAACUUAUCACCAAGAAGGUUGUUUUCUCUACAGGUUCCUAUCCCAGGUUGUCCCUCAGCUUCAAGCUUAAGAGAAACAUUGGCUACUUCAUCCUGCAAACCUACAUGCCCUCCAUUUUGAUUACUAUCCUCUCCUGGGUCUCCUUCUGGAUUAAUUAUGAUGCUUCAGCUGCAAGAGUGGCAUUAGGAAUUACAACUGUCCUUACCAUGACCACAAUCAACACCCACCUUAGAGAAACUCUCCCUAAAAUCCCCUACGUGAAGGCCAUUGACAUGUACCUAAUGGGGUGCUUUGUCUUUGUUUUCAUGGCCCUUCUGGAAUAUGCUUUGGUCAACUACAUCUUCUUCGGGAGGGGACCCCAACGUCAAAAGAAAGCAGCAGAAAAGGCUGCUAGUGCCAACAAUGAGAAGAUGCGUCUGGAUGUCAACAAGAUUUUUUAUAAAGAUAUUAAACAAAAUGGGACCCAAUAUCGAUCCUUGUGGGACCCUACUGGAAACCUCUCCCCAACUAGACGGACUACCAAUUACGAUUUCUCUCUGUAUACGAUGGACCCCCAUGAGAACAUUUUACUGAGCACUCUUGAGAUCAAAAACGAAAUGGCCACCUCGGAGGCUGUGAUGGGACUCGGAGACCCUAGGAGCACAAUGCUGGCUUAUGAUGCCUCCAGCAUCCAGUAUCGGAAAGCCGGCUUGCCCAGGCAUAGUUUUGGCCGAAACGCUCUGGAACGACAUGUGGCACAAAAGAAAAGUCGCCUGAGGAGACGCGCCUCUCAGCUGAAAAUCACCAUCCCCGACUUGACUGACGUGAAUGCCAUAGAUCGGUGGUCCCGCAUAUUCUUCCCGGUGGUUUUCUCCUUCUUCAACAUCGUCUACUGGCUUUACUAUGUGAACUAAACUAUGGCCUCCUGCGGGAAGCAAGGACUAGAUUCUUCCUCAAAACAGUUGUACAGCCUGACGUAGGACUUGGAAAACACAUCAAUCCAGGACAAAAGUGAUGCUAAAAUACCUUAGUUGCUGGCCUAUCCUGUGGUCCAUUUCAUACCAUUUGGGUUGCUUCUGCUCAGUAAUGAAUACACUAAGGUGGUUUUCCAGUUAAAUGAAUUCAUUUCCAGUAAUGAAUACACUUGUGGUUUUCCAGUUAAAAGACAAGUGAUCUGUACACAUGCAGGGCAAACUGAAGUUGAGUGCUUCACUUUAUCUGCUUAAUAAGUAGCCUACUGAGAGGGGAAAUAUCUAGAUGAUAUUCUGAGAAGGCUCAAUAGUAUUGUCAUAUGGUCAUAUUCAGAUACUGUUCAUCUCAUUCCUAAGGUUGACAUGCUAUUGAGAUAGCACUGUGCUUAUGAAACAUUAUCUGCAAUGUCAUUUGAGCAUGGCAACUCCAAGAUGGUCUGUGCUGGUCUUCUUAAGGUGAUAUGGUGUCAGGUGAUAUGGUGUCAGGUAAUUCCCACUGGACGAGCAGUUUCUGUCUCGUGUAAAGGGAGCGGGAUCAGGGUGGGAAGGUGGAGUGAGGAAUAAGGCAGAGAUUCAAGAAACCAACUAGGCCCAUUUCUUCUUCGGCUUGAGCACAGAGAAUCAAGAACAAGGAUGUCUUUCAUUUUGGCAUUUAGACAGAGAGAGACUUGUGAACAUUAUCAUGCUUGGCAGCCAAAAUUUUUUGCAAGAAUGCUCUUUAGUAGGUAGUUAAGGUUAAGGGUUAACCAUACAGAGCAGGGUCAAAAAUCCAGAAAUGACUAUUGUAACAAAAUGGAAGCAAGCAAGCUAGCAUGGUCCCUAUCAGCUCUACUUGGCAUCUGGUCUACACACACUGUGUCUGGUAGAAAGCUUAGAGUGAGAGGAAUUUAUUUUCUGAACUCAGAAUCUUCUGAAAGCAUCCUUAAAGAGGUUUUAAUAGUUUAACCUAAAGAUGGCUAUGAAAUAGAAAAGUUAGAUUUAGAAUGAGAAGUAUCAUAGAUGUUCACAUUUGAUUAGGAGUCAUUCAAACACACAGAUACCAAGACAGACAAAGCUAACAGGUUGUUUUUUCUCAGACAGUGUCAGCUGUCGUGUAACAUUUCCAUAUCAAUUUACUUCUACAUUUAAUAGGGUAUUUCAAAAAGAGGAUAUAUUCAUUGCUUUACAGCUUUUCUUGCUUCCAAAAUUCUCACUAUAUUCCUUGAUAGUAGGCAUAGUAAAACUUUGGAGAGAUUGAGUGAGCCUUAUUUUCACAAUGAAUUUCACUAUAUUUUAGAAUAAAAUUACCUUUCUAUUUUUCAAAGCAAACACUAUUUUGAUGAGUAUGUGCACAAAGACCAUUACUUUAUAGGUUUGUCAGUUUUGGUUUUUUAAGGGUGCUUAUUUUAUGUAUAGUGCAUUCUGUCAGUCAAGAAAUAUAUAAAAACUGGUAAACAGUAAGAUAACAACAAAGUUACAUGAAUGAGAUGCGUGUUAUGAGCCUCGGUUAAUAUUGCAGAAAAGAAUAUUUAACUGACAAUCAGGCUGGUAUGAUGUAUUUUAUUCUAUUUUGAAAUUAUGCCAUUGUGUUUCUUUCUAUAAUAAUUGGACAUAUACAUUCACAUAUUGGACAGAAGAGAAAAUAAGCUAAUAUACUUUAUUUCUAGCAAGGUGAAGCUCAAAUUUUGGUUUACUUGUAGUAAGUAGAGAAUUACUAAAUUUCCCAUGAAGUUUGAUUUGAUUGUACUUUUCUCAGAAGGUUACUUUGCUAUUUCUCUUUUGUUAAAAUGCCUCUUUUCAGAGUAAUAUCCAUAACUGUGCGUGAGAGCAAAGGCUAUUACCUUACUACUGAAAAAUGAUGCUUUUUUUCCCUUCGUGAGUCAGUAGUCUGGAAUAUGAUGAAGUCUCACUGCCCUUCCAUUGUAACUAUUAGAGAACAAAUAUAUAUAUAAUUCAACAUUCUGAAUUUACCCCAAGACACGAUUAUACUUUUUCCACCAGUGUGAAGAAAUCUCGCUCUUCUUGUUUGAUUACAUACUUGAAUAUCUCUGAGUGUAAUCCUUAGGCAGAAUCUAACUAAGCUGCCUCCAUCUAUGCUCAGAACAGAGAUUCCUCAAGUUUCUGCAGGGACACACUUUUUCCGGGGCAAUCAUCUUUGGACAUCACACUAAUAAAAGUGCCUACCCCUUCUUACCAGGGGUAAAGUCUGAGUAGAAAACAAUGGGAAGGAGCAUAUCAAUAACUCAGGGGCACAACUCUAAAAUGCCGUUUUGGAAUGAUUUUUCUAGAGACAACUCCGAGCCUAAGUUUAAAAGUGGGCUCUUAUUUGCAAUUUCUGUAAAAGCCAUAAAAAUUCUUGAUAUUGUCAUUUGGGAUUACACCGUAUUUCAGAUGUCUAGGGAAGUCAGCAGAGCUAUCUAGAUCAAAACGGAGAGAAGCAUCUUCAUAGCAUGAGCCUCAAACGCAUAUGACCAGGAAUUCACUUCUGCUCUCCAUGACGGAAAGAAACCAGGCAAAGGAGGAAAGAUGAGACCUUGGAACAAAUGCCCUAGAGAGAAAAGUGCAGCAUUCAAGAGCCAUGUAAAUACAAAAAAAACUGGCUCAUCUUGUUCAGAAAUACCAGGAAGUGUAGAAUGUAUUCUUAAGUCUUGUGUUUUAUUGAAUUGGAAUGUAACUGUCAAAUGCUAGGAAGGGUGCUAGCCCUGACCAAUCUAGGAAGACCAGCCAGCUUGAUAUCUGGUGGCUAAACUAAAGGACCACAAAGGUGCAUUUUGGCAAUUCUGAAAUGGUUUUACCAUUAGUUUAUACAUAUGUAUAGUUUUUCUUUUGAUUAUAAAACAGCCAGAUAGCCAGCAAUUAAGGUGUUUUUUCAUCUUUGUGAAACACAUAGGCAAAUUACGACUCUAAAAUGCACAGCCUAAAUGAAAUCUUUCAUCUCAAUCUGUAUAUAUAUAUAUUGUACAUGACUGCUAGUAGGUAUGAAAUGCAUUUCAGAAUUGAAAACUCAUGCAACAUAAUCAUGUGUUUGCAUAGGAAUGUUACAGUUCUUUCUACUGCAAUUUAAAAAUGGGAAAAGCAGUGCCAUCUAGACCUUUUCUCAUUUCUUCAAAAGCAGUGCUAAGUAAAAUAACAAUGAUGAUGAUUUAUAAACCAAAAGACUUUACAUUUUAGCAUUAGGAACACAGAAAAAAUAUGUCAGCUUUCAAAAGCACAACAUGUAAAGAAAGUACAGUGUAAUGUAUAAAGAAAUGAAUUCCAUUUUUUAAGCAAGACCUGCAUUAAAUUGGCAAACAAGAUAAUUUCUAUUCUCUGUAGGUAACUGUGUUCCGGUUUUAUGAUGAACUUCAUAUUCAAGAACAGAAACAGAAAAACAACACCAAUAAAAACAGGUCUUACAACAUAUUUAUAUGUAUAUAUGUGUAUAUAUAGAUCCAUAUGAACAUACAUACAUAUAUAUGCAUUCAUAUGUUGGAAAACAAAAGGAAUCAACUCAUAUGUUUUGUUUCCUCCAUUAAACCAGAAUAUGAGUAUUUUUAAUUUGGUAACCAACAAUCAACACAUUGAAAUAAGUAAUACAGGGUACUGAGCAUUUCUCUAUCAGCAAAUCAAUGCCUACUGUUCUUAUGAACCAUUGCACAGUUUGACACUACAAUAGUACUGUACCUCAGAACAUAGAAGUUAACUAGUUCUCACUCGCUUGUCUAAUUGCUCUCUUUUUCAAGGACACAAAUAACAUUGUCUAUCGGUAAUUUUAAAACUGUCUUAAGAGAAUGAAAAAUGAUGAACAUUCCUCCUGGAAGGAUGGGGGAACAGAGGGAAAAAAAGCUAAACCCCACCAUGUUGGUUAGGGAAAAAUACUCACAACUGUAGCAAUCAUGCCAUUUUGCUAAUUGUACAGAAUACAUGUUAUCUGAGUAACCAUAACUUUCACCAAGCGUGUGUAAAUAUUAAAACAGAUUUCUUAAAUAUUUUUAACUUCUAAUUUGUAUUUUAUGGUAAGACAACAUGCUAAUUCUGUUUAUGGCUUAAGUCGAUGUGUUAUUAUGUAAAUAAUUAAACAUGCUGUAAAUGAAUAGCCCGUAGACACAAAUAAUUGUGUAGAUUUUUUUUCCUUAAUUUUUUUUUGUUUGUUUUUACAAAGUAUAGUAACUGGAGUGCCCCAGCAGAGUAAUUUAAACACCCUUUUGCAUAAAUGGUUUGGAAAUCUCAGACAGAAGGGUUUCAGUUUGCCAUCUAAAUCAAUCUCUCUCUCUCUCUGUCUCUCUCUCUGUCUCUCUCUCUCUCUGUCUCUCUCUCUCUCUCUGCCUCUCUCUCUCUCUGGCACACUGUCCUUCCAAGCCUUUGCUUUCCUAUUCCCAUUCUUUCCCUCUUUAUAAGAAACCUUGUAGCGGUUUUUGUCACCAGUGUGAGAACCAAGAGGCAGCCUUAGAAAUGAAAAAUGGGAAAAAUGAUUAUGGAUAGCAUAGAACUUUUUAUAUGUCAGAGUACAAGAAACCAAAGUUUGCACUUUAAGUCUCAAUUUUCAAAAAGUAAAAGUUUGUAUUGAUGGCACUAGAGAAAAUAAAAAUGGUUAUUCACAACAGCUCCAGAAAUUUGUUACACAAAAUGGAAACUAGGAGACUUUUAUUAAUACUAGCAAUUUGUCCUUAGAUAGUAUUGUUCCUUUCAACCAAAGACUACAGAAUUAUUUUUUAAAAUGGAAGAAAACAAGGGAGGAAAUGAGGGGAGAAAGACACUGCUUCACACCAAAGGCUUAAAAAACAUUUUCCAAAUGCACUAGGAAGAUUGUAGAAACCAGAAAGGAGUCAACAGAAUGCUAAAGAAAACACUGUCCUAAAGAAAUCAUUUUUCAAAACUGGGGGAGGCAUCUGUAAACAGCUUAGAACUUUGAAAAUUGAAGACCAUUUCUGUUGACAUGUGCAGAGUUCUGAGUGAAAUUUCAGUUUGCUUUGAGAAGUAUUUUUGUGAUAAAGAUGACUCAAAAUGAUGAACACUAAAACUUUACUCUUUGAGUUCCAAAGCCGAAUGUCACCCCAUCACAUGUCCUCUGAUCUGAUACCAAUGUCUAUGUCCUUGCACCAUUGGAAGCAAGCUGAUAGUUCUGUCAGCUUGUAUUGAUUUUGCUGUUAUUCAAAAUACGGUUCAUCUAUGUUGCUUUCAAACAUAAUUAAUUCAAAUCGAGUUACCUAUAAUUUAAAUUCCAUAAUAUUUUUAUUUUUAUUUGCAUGGGUGUUUAAAUGGUUCUGUUAUGAAUACUGUCCCUGCAUAGUUCUGAACUGUCCUUUUAUAAAAAGUGAUAUUCUAGUUUCUUCACAAUGUAGUGAUUAUCAGCCUUACUAAUUACCUUGUAGCCUUUCUUAACAUGCACAUAAUGCACAUUUUCCAAUGGCUAGAAAAUGCAAAACAUAAGUGGAUAUCACUGCAUCUAUUUUCAAGUCUUUCUAAAAACAGGACUAUUCAAAUCUCUGGGAUACAUGAGAUAGUAAAAAAAAAAAUGAGGAUUAUAAAAGAAUAGCACAUAAGAAUUAUUUUCUUGAAUUUCAACUUAUUGCAGCCAGUUUCAGCAUGUAAAUAUAUAACAAUGUUGGCUAGUGUGUAAUUCUUGAACUAAGAAAUAUAAAUAAAAAUUAAAAGUUUG